AUGUUGAUCGGUUAUUGCAUCCUUCUUUUCCUAUCAAAUUUAUUCUCAAUAAAUGCUCAAACAGCUUGUAAUUUAUUAAAUCUUCCACGUGAAUGUCAAUGUCAACGAACUCGUCAUACAUCACUAUUUUUCAUUAAUGAAACAUAUGUCCGAUGUCGUCAAUUAACUGAAAUAACUACAAAUCAUUCUUGGUCAAAUAUAUCAUAUGAUCGUUUAAUAUUUGAAACAUUUCAAGACAAUUUAACAUUACAUCAAUCAGUUUUUGCUAAUAUUUUUGUUCGAACAUUACGUUUUAAUGUACAAAAUCUUAUUUUAAAUGAUUAUUCAUUUCAAAAUGCUUAUAUAGGUCAAUUAAUGAUAUCUUAUAAUGAUAUACGUGGUAGAAUUAAUUUUCAAAAUAAUUAUCAAAUAUUUUCUGGUUCAAUUAUAACAAAUUUAUAUUUUAAAUUCAUAGAUUUUCAAACUAUUAUAUCGGAAAUAAUUUUUUCUAAUACACGAAUUCAUACAUUAACCAUUCAAUCAUCAAAAUUCUAUGGUUUUACAAAUAAAAAACUCGAGAUUAUUCCAAAUACUCUCUCAAAAUUAAAAUAUGAUUCUUUCUUAGAAUAUGAUUAUUCAUUAUCAACAAAUUUUAAAAAAAUUUCCUAUGAACCUGAAUAUUCUUAUCCUUUAUAUUUAACCAGAUAUACAAUUAUAUCGAGUAUUAAUACAACAAAUUUAACCGAAAAUUAUUUUCCAAAUAAUCUCGAUUAUAAUCAAUUGGAAGAAAUUGAAUUAAGUUUUAAUCAAAUCAAUACUCUUGAUGCACAUGUUUUUCGUUAUUUAAAAGAAUUUCAUGGACGAUUAAUAUUAAUUCAUAAUGAAAUUUAUCAUAUAGAUCCAUAUGCAUUCAUAGAUUUAUAUUUAGUAAAAAAUUUAUCAUUAGCAAAAAAUUUUAUU